AUGACGCGCACGUUGAAGUCGGGUGGAAGAUUCGAGUUCCUCGCAGGCUGGUUCGUGCUGGCGUCGUCCGACGAGCUCGUCGCGGGCGCGCCGCCCGUCGCCGUCGAGGCUUUGGGGCGCGAGUACGUGCUCUGGCGCGGCGCGACGACGGGGCUCGUGGGCUGCCUCGACGCCUACUGCCCCCACAUGGGCGCGCACCUCGGCGUCGGGGGGAAAGUCGUCGGCGACUGCGCGCAGUGCCCCAUGCACCUCUGGACCUUCGCGGGCGACGGCACGUGCACGGACGUGCCCUACACGUCGAAGAAGAUCCCCGCGGCGGCCCACGGCGCGCCCCACGCCGUCCACGAGUGGUACGGCAACGUCUUCGUCUGGUUCCACGCGGACGGCGCGCCGCCGAGCUACGAGCUCCCGAAGCUGCGCAUGCUCAGCGCGGACGAGCGGCGGCCCGUGCGCUACUGCGGCUCCAUGGCCGUCGACGUCGACAUGCACAUCGCCGAGUUCGCGGAGAAUUCCGCGGACUUCGCGCACUUCCAGCCCCUCCACGGCGACAUGGUCGUGCCGUGGUUCGGCGGCUCGAUCCCGCUCGUGACGGUGAAGCACGUGCCCGGCUGGAGCUGCGGCAGCGGCGACGGCGACGACGAUGGGAAGCAGUGCGCCUGGUUCCUGGACCACGCGUCGCUGAAGUUCAACGGCGCGGACGUCAAGGGGUCGGACGCGGACGCGACGAUCACGUUCGUCGGGCCCGCGUCGGCGGUCUUCUUCACCUUCGAGACGCCCAUCGGCGGCAUCACGCUCUUCCACUGCCACACGCCCCUGAGCCCGCUCAAGCAGAAGAUCCACUUCUCCUGGUACGCGGACCUGACGAUGCCGUCGGCCUUGGUCUGGUACGUCGUCGGCAACUGGAUCGCCCAGUGGCAGGCCGACGUCUUCGUCUGGUCCAACAAGCGCUUCCGCGACAAGGCCGUCCUCGUCCAGGGCGACGGGCCGCUGCCGAAGCUGCGCAAGUGGUUCCGCCAGUUCUACUCCGAGGGGUCCGAGGCCGCCGCGAACAAGGACAGCCUCGACUGGUAG